AUGAAGGAUGGAUUAACGUGCGACAGGUACAGCCAGGAAUUAGGUGGUGUGCUAUGCUUUGAAAUGGAAGCGGCCGGCCUUAUGAACAGCUUCCCAUGUAUCGUCAUUCGUGGGAUUUGCGAUUAUGCAGAUGCGCACAAAAACAAGCGUUGGCAACCGUAUGCAGCAGCAACUGCGGCAGCAUGCGCAAAAGAGCUUCUCUCUGUAAUACCUCUAGAAAAUGUCCUCGAGGGGAAGCUUGUUCGACAGUUGAUCCCUAUAACUGUGGCAUUAGUUGUCGAGAAACAACUUCAAGUUUCCAUACAUCAACGCGAUAUUUCUGCCGAGCAACUCGCAAAGUUUCAGCUGCAGAGGUUCGUAACCUUAACUGACGGCUAUUAG